AUGUCGAAAUCAAAAUCAGCGAAACGAAAGCGAAACGCGCAGCUCGAAGACCCCCGGAAAACUCCAAAGACCCAGGCGGCGACCGGCGCGACGCUCGUUACUCCACCCCCAGACGAUCCGAAGAGCAUACACACAGUCAUCUCGGAAGAGGAGCUCGAGAUUACCGUCGAUACCCUCAAGACCCUUGCUCAAUUCCCUGGCCUUAUCAAGACGAAGGCAUGCAAGGAUCUCCGCGUGGCCUCCUAUGACUUCCGCCAAGCGUGCACGACUGGCUCGAUUGCCGCAGAGGGCGCAAAUCUUUCGGCACGAGUUUCAGCAGCGUUAGCAGACGAAAAAUACAUGGAAGCGAGGAUCCUGCUGGCAGAGAUGAAGAUCCGAAGUCAAGAGCCCAAGCUGGGGACUCUUUGUCGCUGGGUUCGCGAUCUCGAUGUCAUCAGCGGCCUGUCGCAACCGGACAGUGUUGCCAAUGGCGGCAAUAUUGAGCGUACACCAAGGGAGCAGGAUCUCCUCGCUGUCCUCGACUUAAUUCUGCGCGUGUGCGGCCAGAUCGAUACCAACACCAAGGCCGUCGUCCGCGACCUGCCCUCGACCUUCUACCCGAGCAUCACCCUCCAACCCACUUGGGAUCUCAGACCUUCCACCACACCGCUCGAAGUGUAUGCGUCGGUACUAGACAAGACAAUCUUCGAGUCAGCGCCACCUGGAUUGUCUACAGCACUACGGACGAUCGAAACGACGCCGGGCCCCCAACGAAAGCCUCCCAACCACUACCCCGCGAUCCUAUACACAUCGAAACCAAACUCUAUCCCGCUCGCAGACAAGGGCCCGGAGGUUGAAUGGGUCAAGCACCCCCACGUUCCGGGGCUUGGUCUUAUAAAGAAUGUUCUCUCGGUUGAGGAGUGCAAGGGCAUCAUCGCCGCCGGAGAGCACGUCAAGUUCCUCCCCGAUGCGCCCCUGCGCGAGGAUGGCGACACCAGCAUCCUGGCGCAUAACUUCUAUUGGGUCGUCGACACCGAGUUCCACGACCGUCUCUGGUCACGCGUGUCUCCGUUCGUCCCUCAAUCGGUAGAUGGCCGUCUGGUCCGCGGCAUCAACCGCCGGUUCCGCGUCUACCGCUAUGUCCCAGGUGCUGAGUACAGGUCUCAUAUCGAUGGUAAUUGCUCAAUCCACCCUCUCUCAUAUUCAUCGUUUGUAAUUGCUGACGCUGAUUCUCUCGCAGGCGCUUGGCCGCCUUCAGGCAUCCUCCCAGACGACACGUAUGUAUACGACGCAUCACCGGCAGACAAGAAGCAGAGCUCGCUAUUUACAUUCCUCAUAUACCUCAACGACGAAUUCGAAGGCGGGCAGACGACGUACUUCUUGCCAGCAGCGCGCGAAGGAACGCUGAAUGCGUACCCGGUCCAGCCCGUGAUGGGCUCCGUCGCGCUCUUCCCGCACGGAGACACAAGGUUGGCGCCGCUGCACGAAGGCACGGGAGUAACGAAGGGAGCAAAAUACGUGAUACGCACCGAGGUGGAAUAUGAUGUAGAGCCCACUAAAGAGGCAUGA